AGAAUUUGGUGAUCUGGUUGCAGACUGCAAAGGUCACCAACCAGGUGGGCGAAGCUAACGAGACAGAGUGUGUUGAAAGGAGCCUUUACGAGCUUGCGACUAGUAGGGAUUCAGCUGUUGGUUCAUGCGUGAUCGAGACCAAGAAUAUGCGAUCUCGCAGGCGUGACAGCACGACCUACGCCAUGCAUGGCAGUGGAACUGCCGUCACACUCCUGCUGCUGCUACUGCUCAAGGUCUGCAGCGCAGCCCCUCACGGAGGCAGCGCCCCAGUUCCAACAGCGGAGAUGUUCAGCCCACACAGCAACGGCCAGCUAACGACAGAACAGUCUGUCGUCGCAGAACGUCAUAUGACGACGACCUGGGAUACGGAGGCUGGUGUUUCGGAGCUCACCACCCACACUGCAAGUACGUCGGGUGACACCGUGCCCCCGACCACCACGGAGCUGGCCUGGACGACCCUCAGGGACCAGGAGGGCACCACCACCACCACCACCACCACCACCACCACCACCACUGGCGACGACCACAUGGAGCAGGCAGCGACCACAGAGCUCCGACAGACGCAGACUCAGACGUGGGCAGAGUGGACCUCGCAGGAAUCCACGCUCCUCAACGGCAAUCUCGGUGGUGUGGAGAAUUCUGACUCCCACGACGUCACUGCAGAGUCAGACAGGACGGUGGCCACCGACACGCUGGUGAACGACGAGCAAGCGUCUACAGGUGCUGAGCUGCAGUGUCGAGACUGUAGGACAUCUGCGGAGGACCCAGCGGUCGGGACCGAGGAGGAAGAGCUCGAGACGGAAACCAAAUCUGCUUCCGGAGACGUCACUGGGCCACAGCUCCACUUGCAGCAUCAUGCGUACGACCCCGCUAACCCGUACGACCAUUUUGACAGUGACAGCGAGGAGCAGGAAAUGGAGGUGGAGCAGGAGCACCACCCGCAGACUGCUGCCGGCUCCCGGGACGGGGAGCGGGACCGGCAGCAGGAUGAGGAGGAGGAGACGCUGGGCGGCCUGGAGUACGAGGACUCGCUGGGCCCAGGCAUCACGGAGGGGCAGCCGGCGGCCGCCGCGGUGGCGACCACGCAGCGCUCCUACCUGCUGCAGCUGGCCGGCAACUCCACCAUCGUCAUGCUGCGGCGCAGCGACUUCGCCAAGUACCUCAAGCUCAACCUGGCCGCCAGGCUCUCCCUAGAGUACGACAACGUCAAGGUGAACCGCGUGCUGCUGGAGCCACCGCGCCUGCUGGUGAACGUGAGCGUCGUCACCCCAGACGAGGGCGGCGGGGGCGGCGUGGGGGCGGCGGGAGGCGGGCCGCAGCCCGACGACGAGCAGGAGGAGCCGCUGCACGCGCUGGCAGAGGCCAACGCCACGCUGCUCGAGCUCUCCGGCGAGGAGUUCCACGUGGUCAGUAUGCGGCCGGCCCCAGGCUAUGUGGACCCUGUUACGCGGACUGCUCCUGGCCUGCAAAUAAGAUCAGAGAGAUGUGCCGGAAGAGCUGCCUUUUACUAA